UUCGUAUGGAGCCCGUCUCCAGAUCCAUGGAUCAACUUUUGCGAGCAGCGAAUGGGCUGGAUCAGUUGGGUGGAGGGGAGACGCUCAGAGCGUCGCGAUCGCAGUCGCCUGGAAAGUCAAUCGAGUCGAGUCGAGCGAGCUGCGAGCAACAGCCUGAUCAAGUGAUCGUCACCACCUCCAUGAUUCGUUCUCAGCACGUUCCCCUUGGUUCAGGAUUUCUUCGAGGCACUCCUCCGUAGCGGUACUCCGUUCUUCUGAACAUGUGCUCACUUGAUGAUCCUGGGGGUCGACGAUCAACCGAGGCAGGCGAUAAACCCGGAUAGAUGCUGCCGAAUCAUAGGAUUUUGUUUUUCCCCUUGGAUCAUUUCUGGGCCUCACCACCAGCCUCAGUUCGUGGGUUUUGUUGAUUCCCGAAGGACCAACGGAAGCGUACCUGAAGGGACUUUUGCGUUUUCAUAUUCUUCCAGAAAAGCACAAAGGACGGUCCAAACGUCCCAGACAUGGACUUUCAGUCAGAUGAAUGAGAUGCCGAAGCCGGGAUGGACCACCACCCUGGUCUGUGGGACCCAGGGAUUGCAGCCAGAACUGAUCAUCCCUGUGAAACAGAAAAGCAGAGAGAAAAAAAAAAUUCCUCAGUGGAGGAAAAUGGAGGGGACUGUCGACACGAGAUCAUCCGAUUGCCAGAGAGUGAUUGGGCGAUUGGAUAGCUCAUGCAUCGAAAGACGCAAUAUUGCUGCUUGUUGCUUUUUCCGGGCGUGGCGGGUCGAAUUUACCCUUACCUCCCUCAGCGAAUCAGGUUGCGUCUCGAUAGCCUGAAAAAAGAGGAUCAAACGACCAGCAAAAGAAUUCGGUGAGGCCUGGACGUCUGGAAGGAAAAGAAAGCAAACCGUUGAGAGGAGUGAUGAGUAUCAAACAUGACAAGGCGAUGUUUUGACUGAAUAGGCCAGUGAAAAAGGGCGGGUUGGGCCCAUUGU